AUGUCGGAAGUUAAUGAUAAAGAUGCAAUUGAUGGUUCUGAUGUUCGUGUUCUUGAUUCAAAAGAAACGACUUUGGCGAGCAAUUUUCGUUCUAUAACUGACUCAUUUCGUCAGCAAGCUUAUCGUUUUGCACAAUUACAGAAUAGAAUUAAUAUUGUACAGCAAAAAUAUCGUCAUGUAUUGAAGAGUUUAAAAGAAGAUAAAUCUAUUGUUGUCACUUGUCCAGAUAAGGGCAGAGUUGCUGUUUUGUUAGAUAAAGUCGACUAUUUAUCGAAGAUGCUUACUACACUGAACGGUUCAACUAAAUUUUCGUUUUUGUCAUAUGCUUCUACAGUUAUCCGAGAAGCUAAAUUAAUUAAAUUGCUGAACAGGCUACUUGAUGAAGGUAAUAUUUCUAAAGAUUUUUAUAAUUUGGCGAGACCUUUUGGUUCGAUUCCUGGACGUCUUUACGAAUUGCCGAAAGUACAUAAGGAAGAUGUUCCACUUCGACCGGUUGUUUCAGCUAUUAGAACGUUCAACUGUGAAAUUGGGAAAGCUCUCUCACAAUUAUUAUCACAAUUUAUCGAGAAAAAAAGAUGA